AAAAAGUCAACUCUCAAUCAUAUACUGCAGUCUGAUGCAACUCGUCAUCCUCGUGCUGGGCACCGCAGACCACCAAUAUCAGCCAUACCUAUGGCACCGAGACUUCCGCCUACAAGAGACCCGCAGCAACCCACUUUCCUUCGCUUCUCUCCUCGCAUAAACAUAGUACGCCCUGGUCGGAAGGAUCGAUCUUAUGAUCCCUUGGAUUUCCAAGCUACAUUGCCCUUGCCUCCCAAUCGCCUUCAUGGAGGAAGCGCUCCAUUAACUCCAUUGCCCAGUGGCAGGGCCUUUUUCAAUCCCAUUCGGUCGUCGUCAUACAAGGGGAAGGAAAAGGCACGUGAACCGAAACGGAAAACUGCACAAGUUGUCAAUGUUCCACUCGGACAAGCUACCUACGCCGAUGUUGUCGGCGUAGACGACGGAAUACGACCAUUUGUUCUCUUCUUUUGCCUCAGCUGGUUCCAGAAAAAGGAGAAGAGGCCGGAACCACGGCCAGUCUAUGAUGACGAGCUUGAGGACGACGAAGAGGAAGAAAAUGUUCUUGAUCCAGUCCCCGUGCCUCCUAGGGUCCAGCACGAAGAAAUUGAAUUGAAACCGGUAGCUAGUCAGUCACAGCCAGAGGCAGGACCAUCUCGCCUUGCAGUAGCUGAUGAACACUCAGAGGCGCAGUCUUCCUAAAUAUUUCAUCCGUUGUGCAUUUUAUCUGUUGAAUCUCGCACUGUACCUCCAGCUUCACGACUUGUUUUGGAAAAAUAAAUAGUCGCAUCCUCACUUAAAUGCAUUGACGGCGGGUGAUAUAAUUUAGAUAUUUGAAAAAGGAAG